AUGGUUACUGCUCGCACUGCACUGCAAAUUCCGUCUUUUAUUAUCGCACUGAUCGCAACUGUAAUCAAUCUGAUAGCCUUGGCAACACCUGCCUGGCAGGUCGUUUUCGCUCGAGAACUGCAACAGUGGAUACAAAGUGGGUUAUGGAUGAACUGCCAGACAAGGCCAUCUGGAAUGCUUUCUUGUAUUUAUACAUUCACCAGAAACCAUCUCGAUCCUUAUUCACUUGCACAGUUAGUCAGUAUUCGAACGCCUGCUUUUUAUGACUGGCAGCAUAAUUUAUUGUACAUAUUAUUACUUGGCCAGUUUCUAGCUCUGUUUGCAAUGCUAUGUUUUUGUUACUCACAAGCAUCUGAUGUUGCCAGAAGUGCUUCUUUGUUAUUCACCAUCGCAAUUUGCUUAUCUGCCAUUAUCAAUAUUGGUUGUAAUAUCGCUUUUCAAAUAUUUGCUCAUAUGGUUGAAUACAGGUUUUAUCACGUUAGCGUUAGUGGUAUCUAUGAGAAACAUCCUGGUUACUCGUAUUUCUUGCAUCUGAUAGGCUCAAUUUUACUUAUACUUUCAUUUCUCUUCUCAUUAGCAUAUUUUGUGGUAUUUUGUCGGACUACGGAGAGUAGCACAGGAAGGAGAACUAAUCAAAAUACCGUCUCAUCACGUCAGCAGAUGUAUGCUAAAGCUGAAUUAGUGAUACUGAGUACUGAAUACGUUGACUUUCAGGCUUAUCAAUAUCGUUAUCCUCAGGAAGACUUCGCCAUGAGAGCUUUACCUGAACUACCUUCGAAAUAUCAUAAAUGA